UCCUGUAGCAGAUCCCCUUUCCCCAGUCUCUUUCGCUUCACAGUCACACCAUGGAUCCUUUCUCCAACUUUAUUUCGGCGUUUUAGUGUUUAGUUUGUCACUACCUUGGGAUUAACGGUCUUCGCCUGGAUUCCGUUAACUCAUCUGUACACCAUGUUUACCACCACCGGCUCUCGGGGCCUUUACAAGGCUCCUCUGUCUAAAGGCCUGCUGCUGGUCCUCAGUGGGCUGACUGUGAUGCUCACCCUGCUGCCACAGUACCAACAACUGUUUGUGUACAACCUGCAGGCUGUCGCACAGCAGCACCAGGUGUGGAGCUUGUUGUGUGGCAGGCUGGUCUGUCUCGACGUGAAGGACUGCUUCUGUAGUGGCCUGCUCAUUUACAACUUCCGGAUCUUCGAAAGGCGGUUCGGCACCAGGAAGUUUGCCUCCUUCUUGUUGGCCACUUGGUGUCUCUCUGCGCUGAUGGACUUCCUGCUGGCUCAGGCGUUCCAGUUUCUGUUUGACUAUGAGGUGGAGGAACUGCCUGCCGGUCUGCUCGCUCCAGUCUUCUCUCUGUUUGUGCCUUUCUACCGCUUGAUCCCCAGGGUGCCAGUCACCCAGGUCCUGGGCCACAUCCCCAUCACCAACAAGUCUCUGGUCUACAUAGUCGGCCUGCAGCUGUUGACUUCCAGUCCCUUCAUGUGGCUCCUCGCUCUCAGUGGACUGCUCUCUGGUGGACUGUACCACUCCAACGUUCUCUGGUUACAGAAGCUCCUCUUUGUUCCUGCCUGGGUCUCUUUUAUUGGACGGUAUAUUCUGGAGCCCAUCUUCUCAAGCUCCCAGCCGAGCAGUGAGACGCCACUGGGUAUGGGGGCCACUCUGGACAUCCAGAGGCAGCAAAGGAUGGACGUGCUCGACCAGCAGCUGCUGCUGGCUCAAUACAACGAGUCCAGGAGCAACAACAGACCACAGCCACAGUCUGGGUUGUUGCAGUGGACCAGGAUGUUGUUCCCCUCGCUGAGACAAAGAGGACAGAAUCGUCCCCCAAUACAGCCCCCUCCCCAGGCUGAGACACAUCCGUCCACACAGUCCCCUCUAUCGGACAACUCUGCUGUCGUAGAGGAGCAAGUUGCUCUGUUAGUGGAAAUGGGCUUUUCCCGGACCGAUGCCCUUGAAGCCCUUAGAGCUUCAAACAACGACAUCAACAUGGCAACUAACUUCCUCUUGCAACACUGAGAGAAAGAGAGAGCUCAGAAACCCAGAAUCAAACGUGGACAGAGAGAGAAAACAGGACGAGGAGCACAAAGCAAACCGGAGAGAAGGAAAUACCGUGAAUGAUGGACAAUUUUGUACAGAUAAUCUGAAGCCUGUGUCCCUGCUCGCUGCAGCAGUCGUCAGGCUGAGUCAACCUGAACCGAGCCCGGUAGCACGCCGCUUAUUGAAGAGGUGUGAAGCACAAAGUGAAAGACAUUUGCGUCAUAGCUUUCUGACGGCCGUCGUGGUGUGAAACAGGCGCCAUUGCUCAAGGCGGGCGAGUUAGACCUCUAACUGUGAGGGGUUCCCAAUGAAAAAACACACAGGAAGGAAGCAGGAGUCUUCAGUGCAGUGGAGGGAAUAUAAAGCGCGUUAUUUCUUUAAAUCAACUGAUGCUGAAGCACGCAAAUCAGCUGAGAUCCAACUUCCAGUAAUAGUUUUUCAUAACUCACUGUCAUGCACUGACACUCUGCUUCCUCCGUCUACUGUGCAACCAGCAUCUUAUACCCUGAUGACUGGUUAGAGGAGAUCAGUAUUACAUGGAAAACAGAAAGGUGCACCAUGUCUUUGAGACAAUAGAUCAGAGAACGUUUGGAUAAAGUACAAGACCUUUUAUUUCGGAUUUCAGGCCUUCCACUCUUAGUGAAAACGGUAAUUGCUAGAAGUUUGUUUUGACUCCACGAGGAGGCGCAGAGGUCACGAUUACAGCUUCAGAAUUAGGAAUCCAUGAAGAAUAUAACCUAUUUUACCAUGAUUUGAAUGCACAGUUGUUAUUUCUCUGUGUCGGCAGUGCUUUGUGGGCUCCACCCUCUCCUGCUUGAGAUGUGUUAUCAAAGGCGGUUAGCCUGCUGGUGAGCCACUUUUCUUCCAUUCGUAACUCCACAAGGACAUUGCUGGUGACAGACGGCUAUCUCAGGAUCUAUGAGGCGACUCCUUCUGUGUAUGACAUAAUCACAUUUACAGACACGAGUGCCCGCUCACACACAUGCACAGUAGCCCUUCGAAGAGGAGGUCGUGUUUCACAGCCUCGACCGUCAUCUUUUCAUGCACUCACUCGCUCAAAGGUUUUAUUUAUUCUGUCUUAACUGAUUUUGAGUCUUUUCUCUGCCAACACACGUCUGAAUCAUAUUGAUAUUUAUUAUGCAAUAUCAUGACGAGGAGAGAUUUGUGGAGACUAUGCACUGCAUAGAAACUACUUUGUGUAUAUAAACGUGCAGAAGUAACAUUGCAGCCACUAUGUAUUGAUGUCAAAGACAGAUGCUAGUUUUAUAUUUUGUGCAUAACAAUAAUAUUGAUGAGAUAUGACCGCUGAGUCAGUCGUGUGUGUGUGUAUUUUUUUUAGAGUGGUAUAAUAGUAUAUGGGUGUGAUGAGGGAGUUGUUGCACCAACUUUCUCAUGAAUCAUAUUUUAUCUGUGGAAUAAAUCAACCUGCAGACUGA